AUGGCCAGUAUUACCCUGGCAAACAUGCGAUCGGGGGUAUUACUGCAUAAACUCAUUCUAGUCGAGCUUAUCCUAGCGGCACCGAAUGGCUUCUUUACCUUCUUUAACCCCCCAAUCUGGGGCUGGUAUCUCUCUUCGACUGCUGUCCUCCUUAUCGCAUCCUGGACAUUGCAUAAUGUCAUCUCCUGGAUGAAGAACAAGCCCUUCUUACAGCCAAGGGGUAGCUUGAUAUAUAUCAGCACGAUAGUUCUUGUCCAACCGUACUGGGUGCUCGAACUCUAUGCGAACUUUACAUAUUUUAACAACAUAAACCACCGUAUUUUCGUGUCUAGCAGGCCAUUGGAAGCUCUAUGCCGCGACCCAUGGUGGAUCUUCACCACGGCGAACCUCUUCUGGAACAUCAAAUACCGCUACGAGUUCGGUCUGAUCGAGAUUAUCCGCGUCUCGCCCCGUUUCGGCAUUUUGCUCUUCAGCAUGUGUCUCAGCCUCCUCUUUAUCGCUCUGGACCUUCUUGCCGUGACACCAGUGCUAGGGCUCGGCGGCAUCAAUCCCUUCUGGAAGUUUGCGUCCGUGUUCAAGUGCUUGACCGAUACAAUCAUACUCGACGACUUCAAGACGGCCCUGGAUAAGCUUAGCCGCCAUAAAAUGAAUCAGAUCUACCAACUCCCCUUUAGUAACUCGGGGAUUGGAGUACCUGUUGACUGGGCUGAUAUGAACGGGAGAGGAGCUGUUCGGGCGUCUUGCCAGGGAAGUGAUGAUAUGGUGACAGUUCGGCAGGUUGAGAGAGUUCCUGAUAAUGCAUGCCUGAGCAUAUCAACUGCAGACGGUAUUCCUUCGCCGCUACCUCUUGCAUUCAUGCGGGGUGAUAAGGGCUAUAUGAAACGGGAGUGA